AUGAAAUCUCUUGGUGAAAGAGAUUAUGCAGCUCAAGAGACCAUGCAUCAUUUAUUGUCUUUAAAACUCCACAGCUCAUCUUUUAAAGUAAUGCCAGUUAGUCUAAAUGGUUCACGUAGAGUGCGUGAUACUGCAAGUAUUGACGAGGGUGAAUCAUGCACUGAAUAUUCACUUCUUGAUGUGUAUGCUAAUCGUGAACAAUAUGACAGUUCACAAAAUAUAAUAAAUAUGAACUUUGUUCAGUUUGCUACAACAUACAAAGUUGUUAACAAUGAACUGACAAAAUUGCCAGAGAAUGUUAUACCACGAAUAUUUCCAACAUAUUCUCCUAAUCCCAAAGGUCCAAAUUUUGGCCUAUAUUGUAAAUAUCAACUUUUGAGGUUUAAACCCUGGAGAACAACCCAAAAUAAUGCAUGGGGUGACCAAGAACCAACGGACGAGGUUCUGAUCAAUUGUUGGCAUGAAUUUUUACAAACACCUUAUGGGCAGUCUAAUGUUCCAGACUGGUUUGAUAAAUUACAAGCUGUCAUUCAAACUCAAGAAUCAGAAGAUGAACCUUCUGAAGAACAGGAGACAACUCGAGAAGAGUGGAUGAUAUUAUCAGACCUCAACACUCCUUUUGACAACUCUGAACAAACACCAGAGUCCACAUAUGACUGGCAUCUUGACAGAGCCAAUUAUUCAGAACAACAAAUCCAAGAAAUGCCAACAUGGAUAAAAACAAACAAAGAGGAAUACACUAUUGAUGAGCAAUAUGAUGUUGUUGACAUCAACAGUUUUAGUGAAAUGCAAAAACUUGCUUAUGAUAUUGUUAAGUUUCAUUUUGAUGAUAUAUCAUCUGAGAAAGAGCCAUUAUGUCUCAUUAUAAAUGGUGUUGCAGGAACCGGUAAAAGUUACCUUAUUAAUGCUAUUAGAAAUCUUUUGCAAAGUAAAUGUGCUGUUGUGCUACCACAGGUAAAGCAGCUUAUAACAUUAGAGGUGUAACUGUGCAUUCUCUAUUAAAGUUACCUAUAGGAUCAAGAGGUAAAAAAGACCUAACAGGACAAAGCUUGUGUAGGUUCCAAGAAAGUGUUAAUAACAUUGGAUACAUCAUUAUUGAUGAAUACUCUAUGCUUGGCCAAGUUACUUUUGGUUGGAUAGACAAGCGUUGCAAACAAGCAACUGGUUCUAAUGACAAAGUAUUUGGAGGAAAAUCGUUGAUUUUAACUGGUGAUCCAGGUCAAUUGCCACCAGUAGCAGAUAAACCUCUUUACCAUGCUAAACCAUCAAACGCUGUUGGUGAACAAGGUCAUCAAGCAUAUCAUAUGUUUGACAAAGUUGUUAAACUCACUGUAAAUCAACGUGUGCAAGGUACAGUACUGCCAAGAAAUAACUUGUCCCCGCGUCUGCCCGCGUCCUGCCUCCAGAGCGCCCGCGUCUUGCGUCCACUCUGCCCGCGUCCUGCCUCCAGAGCGCCUGCGUCCGGCCUCCACGACGCCCGCGUCUUGCGUCUACUCGGCCCGCGUCCGGCCUCCAGUUAAAAACUGCGUCCGCUUGGACGCAGUCGUCGUAACAUAAUCGGAAAACGAACUAAUAUUUGCAUCAUACUCGUAGUUUGUCGUGAGAAUACAGAUCAGUGUCACUGAUCGGAGAAGCAAAGAAUAAAAAGUUGAAUCCGAAAUCGAGUUUCAUUUAACCUAAGCGUUACACUUGUAUAACCAUUUUAUAAUGUUACACGUUAUACUACAGUAAGCGUAGUGCUUUCACAAUGCAAUCACACGUACUUCAGUGGCGAUUGAAGCGUAUAUGACUGUAUGUUGGAGCGCAAAAUAGACAUAAACUAUAUAUAAAUAUAAUGUAGACACAUAUACUAAACUCAGUGAGAUCACGACUAUAACGAGUAUAUAUCUCGCAACACAUUCAUUUGCUACUCAAAUUCUGACUUACCUCGUAGAUUACCGAUUAGUUGAUAUGCAAUUCCGUAUUUGAAUAAUGUUAUGUCUCCGUAACUCGUCAGUAUAUUAAAACGAAGAUGCUCAUUUACAAUAUUUAUAGUGCUUUUGACUUUUAAUAUAAAAUACCAUUACUACGAGCCACUAUAUAACUUUAUUUACAGCAACAAGUUUGUGUUGUUUUUCCAAAGCAGCAAAUGCACAUGGUGAUAUGUCAUAUAAAUUGAUAAUUACCAUAUAAUUUCUGGAUAAAUGACUUCUCUUAAUCCCUUAAUGGAAUACCUUUACAUGUCCAGGAAACAGUCUUUGUGUUUCAACACGGUUCAAUGACUGUGACUCAUCGCUUGAUUUUCAAAGUUGCAGUAUAAUUCGCUAAAGCUGAAGUGAAGAGCUCAGACUAAUAUCACUCGAUUCGUAUUACUAUCAGACUAAUAAAAUGAGGUAUCGAUCGCUUACUUGUCAACGUAUUUUGGGUUUCUUCGAAGAACAUAUAAAACCAUAUGUGCAUUUUGCCAACCGGCAACGUUAAAAGAUUACUGGGUUUAAAGCAAACGUUAUACGAAGGUGCGAAAGUAGAGAUCAAAUGCGAAAAGGAACUUUACGAAGCACAAAUUCUGAAAAUUCACGGUAAGUUUAAUGUUAGAAAUAUAAAUAUCUAGGAUUCUAGGUCUGCAACGCUUGUGUAUAAGCAUAAAAAACGUGGUGUGAAAUCGCUAACAUGAAUAUUUUCCGACGCCCACGGUUUGUUUAUGAAAAGCGAAACGCGAUAAUUUCCGACGAUCUACGAAUAGAACUCUUUCUCAGCUGCGUCCUCGCCCGCAGACGCAAAGCGGACGCAUGGCUCCCGCACAGUGGACGCGCCCGCAAGCGCCCGCAGACGCACAGUGGACGCACGACGGACGCACGGCGCCCGCAGGACGGACGCACCCGCGGGCGCCCGUGGACGCACAGUGGACGCAAGAUACCCGCGUCUUGGACGCGGUUUUUGAUAAGUUAUUUCUUGGCAGUACUGUAUGACAUCUGAGCAAGUACAGUUCAGAGAUUUGUUAUUAUGACUUCGCAAAGGCAACUCAACAGUUGAUGACUGGAAGUUACUUCUGACACGUCAACCAUCGAAUGUUACUAAUUUAUGUGACUUUGAAGAUUCUACUAGACUCUUUUAUAGUAAUGAACAAGUUGCUAAUUACAACCAUGAGCAGCUAACAAAACUUGAGCAUCCAGUUGCUCAUAUUAAUGCUCGCCAUUCAUCAGCAUUUGCAAAAAAGAUAUCCUCAGAUGAUAUGUCUGGGUUAGAACCUGUUGUGUUUUUAGCAAAAGGUGCUAGGGUCAUGUUAACCAUGAAUUUGUGGUCAAGUGUUGGUCUCUGCAAUGGUGCUACUGGGACAGUUGUUGAUAUUAUCUAUCACAACAACCAUCAACCACCUAACUUACCUAUUGCGGUAAUAGUAGAAUUUGAAAACUACAGAGGACCUGUUUUUAAUGAAAACCAACCAUUGUGUAUCCCAAUAUAUCCAAUCACUGUCACAUCACAGACAGAAAUAGGUUUCCAUGAGAGACAACAGUUACCUCUUAGGCUUGCUUGGGCUCUAACAAUACACAAGAGCCAAGGACUUACGCUUCCAAAAGCAUGGAUAGAUAUUGGCAAAUCUGAAAGAACUGCUGCAGUUUCCUAUGUUGCUAUUAGUAGAGUAAAGUCACUUGCAUCUUGUGUCAUUGAACCAAUGACGUAUGAACGAUUAACAAGCUUGAAAUCAUCCGCUAACUUACAAUAUAGGCUUGAAGAAGAAAACAGGCUAGAUCAGUUAGCACAGGCUACUAGCAGUGCAUUUAGAACAACAAACUAUUGA